AUGAGCUCUCAAGCAUUAUUCUCUCCUGUCAAGGUCGGUGCCAACACUCUCAAGCACCGUGUUGUCCUUGCUCCAUUGACUCGUUUCCGUGCUACUCCUGAAGCCGUGCCUACUGAUCUCCAGGCUAAAUAUUACGAGCAACGUGCUUCUGACGGUGGCCUCUUGGUCACUGAAGCUACCUUCAUCUCCCGUCUUGCUGGUGCCUACCCUCAAGCUCCUGGUAUUUACAACAAGGAGCAAAUUGAAGGUUGGAAGAAGGUAACAUCUGCUGUCCAUGCCAAGGGUGGCGUCAUCUUUUUGCAAUUGUGGCACAUUGGUCGUGUGGGAUCAAAGUACCUCAAUCCCAACCAAGAACAAGUUGUAAGUGCUUCUGACAUCCCCUGCCCUGGUAAGACCAUGCAAGGCACUGAUUACGAAGUUCCUCGUGCUCUUACUGUGGAUGAAAUCAAGUCUAUUGUGGGUGAGUAUGCUCAAGCUGCCAAGAACGCUAUUGAGGCUGGUUUCGAUGGUGUCGAGAUUCACGGUGCCAACGGUUAUCUCAUCGAUCAGUUCAUCAACAACUCCAGCAACAACCGUACUGACAGUUAUGGUGGAUCUGUUGAGAACCGCGGUCGUUUUGCUUUGGAGGUCGUGGAUGCUGUUGUUGCAGCUGUCGGUGAGGAGCGCACUGCUAUUCGUUUCUCUCCUGGAGGUGCUUUCCAAGGUAUGGCCUCUGAUGAUGUUGAGGCAACGUGGGGUUAUUUGGUGUCCGAGUUGCAAAAGAACCAUCCUGGAUUAGCUUACUUGCAUCUCAUCGAAUCUCGCGCCAACUUCUUCUUGCCUGAUCAAAAGAACACUGUCGAUACUUUGGAGAGCUACAGAAAGAUCUGGAAGGGCCCCUUCAUUACUGCUGGUGGUUUCUCUACUUCUCUUGAGUUUGGUAACGAAAUUGCUGAGAAGACAGGUGAUUUGGUUGCUUAUGGUCGUGCUUUUAUUGCCAACCCUGAUCUCCCUGAGCGUCUUCGCAAUGGUUGGGAGUUGAACCCUUACAACAGAGAUACCUUCUACAGCCAUGAUGCCGAGGGUUACACUGAUUAUCCCUUUUACAACGAAAAGAAAUAA